CCGCCGCCGUCGGGAGACCGUCCAGCAGUCUCUUCGCAACCUCGGCGCAUGCCCUACUGUUAGUUCCACAGGCAGGAAAAGGAAGGAUGGAAACGAGGGCGGGAAAGGAGAACGAAAGAUCAGAUCGGUCGGGCUAGCGCCUGACAGCAACCGCACGCAGGGGGGCCAGCCGCGACGGCCACUAUGAGGAACAGCACAGCGGAGGCCCGACUAACAAACGAAGCCAGGGAGCGAUAGCCGAGGAACGGAACCAACGAAACCUCGAUCCUAGAUCGGCGCAUGCUCGCAAAACCAGUGCAGCGGGCAGCGCGCACUACAGGGGGCACGAGCAAGAUCACUUGCUCUUGGGACAACGCACAGACUCGCAUGCGCAGCGCUCGCAAAUGCACAACGCUGCACCGGGUGCGUGCUCCCACUAAGGAGCGGCACAUCAAUCAUGCUGUUUGUCCUCAUCCGCCUCGCGGUCGCACGCCCCCCCCCGGCGCGCGUGACUUACAAAAAGUGUCGCGCCCCGCGGGGUCAUCAACCGUGGGAGAGGGGGCUGGUCAAGUGUUGAUCAUGAGCUGAUGUCGCUCCGUAUUGGCCAAGAUCUCCUGACAGAGUACGCCUGCACCAGCGGCCCCCACUGUGCGCUGGCCCUCAGUCGGCAACUUGGAAUGGUCUUGAGUAAAGUGUUGAUCAUGAGCUGAUAUCACUCCGUAUUGGCCAAGAUCUCCUGACAGAGCACGCCUCUGCACCAGCGGCCCCCACUGUGUGCUGGUCCUCCAAUCGGCAACUUGAAAUGGUCUGUGGUAUCCUCCUUCGCUUCGUCUUGCACAGCUUGACGCCGUCGGAGCCGCAGGACUCCACCAGCUGGAGCACGACGGGGAUGUCGGAACCCAUCUCCUUGUCCGUGAAGGCCUCGACAUCGUGCCACUACUUCCCCAGCGCCUCGGGCACCGCACGCAGGCACGCCUUCUUGACGGCGACCUGCUGCACGCUCUUGCUACGCCUGUCGCCCCACGAGAAGGUACGGGUGGUGACCACGCCGAGCACCUCGGAGAGCGCGCCAGCCAGCGUGACUCCCGACUCGCCGCCCCCGAUGCACGCCGCGAUGGGAUGAGCGGCAGCGGCCUUCUGGACGGCCGCGGAUGUUCUCUGUGAUCGCCCACUUUCCCUUCUCGUCUAUCUGGGCGCGCCACUGGGCGUUCUGGAAGAUGCCGGACCCAAUACAAUGCGCUCCUGUCAGCUCUACACAACCGACGGACGAACAUCACGGUAUGGUCGCGCUGGCACAUGGAACGCGAAGAUUCCGCAUGACGCGAGAAACGCGAGGAUUCCGCGAGAAUGCCGGGUCGACGAUGACGAC